AUCUAGAUAACGGUCUGGUCUCUUUAAAGCACUUAUCGACAGUAUUCGUGAAGCAUACGGGCAACUAAUUUGGCUUUUGUACCUGAACCAAAACCCAGACAUCAUUGCGCAAUCUGGUACCACGAUGACCGAAGUGUUACCCAUCACCCGGCACGAAUCCCAGCGCGUAGAUUACUGUUCCAAAAUCGUCAGCCAACUACAAGCCUUGCGACGCUGUAACCAUACCCCGAAGAGCGUCUUUGCUCCGCUUCCACAGCCAUCGCGAGAGCGCCUCGAUGCCUCGUUGACUGACACACCCCUCAAUACCGAGACGCCUGCGUUGUCGAAUGGCUUCGCACAAGAGAAGCAGAAGACGGUGCUAUAUCUUGCCUACGGCUCGAACCUAUGCAAUGAGACGUUUAGAGGCGUACGCGGCAUUCGGCCCCUAUCGCAGGUCAACGUCCUGGUCCCAUCGCUACGAUUGACCUUCGACCUCCCAGGUAUGCCCUACGCGGAGCCCUGCUUUGCUAAUAGCGCGUGGCGGGCGCCAGCGACAGUAGAUCACGACUAUGGGCAUUCCAAGGGAGAACGAUACCACAAAGACCGUUGGCAUAAGGGUCUUGUGGGGGUAGUGUACGAAGUCACCCUCAGCGACUACGCGCAUAUCAUAGCAACCGAAGGCGGGGGCUCAGCCUACCACGACAUCCUCGUCGAUUGCUACGUUUUACCCAACUCCGAUACAGUACCCUCCUCGCCCGACUCAUACCCCUUCAAAGCGCAUACUUUAUUCGCACCAGUCCAAGACGGCGACGACAGUUCGCAAUCCUCAGAUCGAGUCAUCCGACCCGAUCCCAGCUAUGCGCAACCCUCGGCGCGGUACCUCAAGCUCAUUACCGACGGCGCUGCUGAAUGCGAUUUACCAGCCGAAUAUCAGGACUACCUGCACGAUAUACGCGCAUACACCAUUUCGAGCAAGAGACAAGCGGCUGGCAAGGUGUUGUUUCUGGCCAUUUGGCUGCCGUUCGUUAUGUUCGUCAUUACACUUUCGAGGAAGUUGCAGGAUAAGAAGGGGAGAGCGCCUUGGUGGUUGGGGAAACUAAGCGCUAUGUUGUUUGCGGGCAUGUGGCUGAGCUAUGAUGAAGUGUUCAAGAAGACUUUUGGAGAUGGGGAGAGAACGGUGGGCGAUGAGGCAUUGUGGGACGCGCAAAGCACAAAUUCCAAAGCGACUUCAGAGCAUAGUAACACAAAGAGUACAGAGGAACAUCGCUUGCUUGAAGGUGCCCUCGAUGGCAAGCAUGAGAAGAGCGGAGGGGACACUGCGGAUUGGAAUAGAUUUCGCGAUAUUGUUUAACGAAUUUUAGAUUAUACAGGGCUUAGGUAAAGAGUGUUAGUUACGGAAUCAAUAACACUACGCUACCAGCCAUUAGGAAAUGUUAAUGGAGAGCGAUUGCAGGUUACUGAUGAAGGAGCGGCCGGUGCCUACCGAUGA